CGUUCCUGCUGACUGAAAGCACAUGACCAAGCGUGUUUACACCUGCAGUCUUUAGUCAGGCGCUAACGUCAACUGUGACACGGAUACGCAAGCCUGUUUUUUAAACCAAGAUAAGACUUGACCGUGGGGUGAGAGAUUAUUGUUUGGCAGACCCUCGGCUGAUUGUGAUCAGCUGAACUGCCAUGCUACUCCGAUAUUCCCUGCUCUUUAUGGAUUUAACCACCUGAAUUCAACAAGAUAUAAGCAGAUGUUAAGACAGUAAAAGCUCUAGCCCAUCUGUAUCCCAGGAGAAACAACCCCUCUUUGGCCUCUGGCUCCAGGAAGCCAGAGCUCCUUGCUGUCCAACAUGGAUGAGACGGAUGUUGAACAGGUGACCCUGGCUCUUCUUGAUGCAGCCACCGAUAAAGACUCAGAAGUCCAGGAACAAGUCAGGAAGUCUAUUUUGACUCUGGGAAAACAGCAGCCAGACCGAGUGUUGGCCAUGUGUCAGGACUACCUCCUGAAACACCCUAAGCUGGUGGUGAGCCACAGAGUUGUGAUUCUUCGGACUAUUGAGCUGAUUGUUAGCUGCAGGAUAGAGGAGAUCAGUCCUUCCAGGAUAAAGAGUAUUAUCUCCCUGGCCUCAGAUGAAAUGACUCGAUCAAAGGAGGUCAUCCCAGACUGGCAGCAGGCAGCCAGUAAUAUCUUGGUCGCGGUGGGUAAUAAGCACAUCAAUGACAUCAUGGAGGAGAUACUAAGCAAGUUCCAGCCAGGGGUCCUGCCUCACUUCUUUGUAGUUCAAACACUGGCCAACCUCUCUGAUUCAAAUGUUUAUGGCAUGGUGCCGUUUCUGAAUGCUAUUCUGGGAACCAUGUUACCCAUGCUGAGCAUGGCAAAACAGGACAACAUAAAGUGGGUCUUCUCUUCUGCUCUGUCUCAUUUCAGCGACAGUAUCUUGGAGUACCUGGCCAACUUAGACAAGGCUCCAGAUCCUUCAGUUAGAAAAGACACGUUCUCCAGUGACAUCUAUGCUGCUUUUGAAAUCCUCUUCAAUAACUGGUUACAAAGCAGAGAGCCCAAGUUGAGGCUGACAGUGGCUGAGGCGGUGGGAUCAAUGUGUCAUCUGAUGGCCAGCGAUAAACUGGAGGAACAGAUUCCCAGACUUGUUCCUGCCAUCCUGUCCCUGUACAAGAAAAACAACGAGCACUAUAUCAUUAGCAAGAGUCUGUGCCAAGUCCUAGAUGCAUCUGUCAACAUGGGCAGCAGGGUGCUGGAGGCACAACUGGAAGCUCUGCUCUUUGCACUGCACCAACAGGUGUCUGCCCCUGUUGACUACAGUAACCCUCCUACUGUCAAGAACCACAAUGAGGUCCUGCGCUGCUUCAGUUUGAUUGCGAACUCUUUCCCAGAUCGCCUGGUUAUGUUUGUUCUUCAGAGGUUGGAGAACAGUAAUGAGAGAAGCAGGAUGGGCUCCUUGGCUGUCCUCCGUCACCUCAUCAACUCCUCCACUUCUACUAUGGAGAGCAAGAAGCUGCUGAUUCUGGCCAGCAUCAGACAGCCGAUGGCUGACCACAGCAACAAGGUGAAGAAGCGUGUGGUCCAAGUGAUCAGUGCCAUGGCUCAUCACGGCUACUUGGAGUUAGAGGGAGGAGAGUUACUGGUUCGAUUCAUAGUUCAACAUUGUGCUUUACCUGACACGUAUCAGCGGAGUCAGAGGCCCACAGAUCCAGAGGAGGUAACUAACGAGUCACUCAGGUCAAUGUGUGACAACACCCUUCAUCUCCUCACUACCACUGUUGGACGACUAGCCGAUGUACUGUGGCCAAAGUUGCUGUAUUAUCUGACCCCUUCACAGUACAGCAAUGCCACUACUCCUCUUUGUAAAAGUCUCAUAGUGCUGGGCAACAAGAAGAAAAAUAACCAAGAGCCCAGCUUCAAAAUCGACUUUACACGGGAAGUCAAUCUACCAUCUCCACAAGCACUGAUGAUCAGACUGCUGGUGAAUGCAGCUUUUCCAUUCAAUAACAGAGAUCAUGGCGCUCCGUCCCUCUCUCUCCUCCAAAUCCUCAGUAUUAACAUUCACCCCAAUGCUGAAGCAGUCUGGGACAACGAAAUAGCUCCACUGCUUACAGUACUAGAGGAGUCCGCUGCAGAGAGUCUGGAUAAGAAGGAGUGGGACAAGAGGUUACUGGAGCUCUUGUCUAAAACCCUGACAGCACUUGAUGAUGAUAAGUGGGUAUGUCAGUUGGCAGCUGAAUCAACCAGAUACCUCCCUACAUAUAACAACGCCUUAGAGGAGAAGAGCUUCCUGUAUCGAUGUAUAGGAGUGACUCUCCAACACUGUUUCAAUAAAGACCUGGUCAAAAAACAGCUGCAUGAAGUUCUCCUCGCAGCUCGGCACAGUGAUGCAGUCGAAAGAGAGGGAGUGGCGAUGGGCGUCGGUCUGUGUGCAAAUAGCCACUUGGAGGGAACUCUGGCCAAGCUGGAUGAGUUUGGAAAAUCGGAUGCCUUCAAGAAGUCACCGAGCAUCUUUAACCUGCUGAAAGAGCGUAAUGAUGUCGAGGUGGAGAAGGUGAAAAGCACAUUAAUCCUGUGCUACGGUCAGGUGGCUGCGAACGCCCCUCCAGAAAAGAUUCUGAACCGCAUUGAUCAGGACAUCCUCCGCUGCAUCAGUAAACAUUUCAACACCAAGGUUCUGGGGAUUAAAGUAGAGACAAAGGACCUGACUAUGAAGCUCAGUUUGAUCCAGAGUGUUGGCCUCAUAGCCAGAGCCAUCAGUGAGUGUGUGAAGAAACAGGGCUACAUCUUCUCUCGCAAGCAGGAGCUCAUUACUGUUAUGCUGGACUUCAUUAAGGCAGAGCAAGCUGAUGCACUGAGGACUCCAGUACGCCAGCUUGUGAUGAGCACGUGUGCCAACCUUAUUCCACUGGACCCUCCGAUGAGCGAGAAUGAGAACUUUGACUUGCUAAAGGUGUGUAUCAACAGUGUGUUCUGUCUGCCAGCUGAGACGAACACUCCAGAGAAAACUAAAGAAGAGGAGCCGCUCGACCCCAAGCAGAGAAAGGCGCUGUACAAAGACACGCUGGCUGCUCUGCAGGAGCUGCUGAAGAGCGUAUUGGCUAAAGAUCCAACACCCGACGGUUUACAGAAUGUCUUUAAGCACAUUGAAUCAUGGUUGAGUUCUGGACAGGACCACGAGAGGGAGCGAGCUAUCACAGCCACAGCUCACAUACUGGCUUACUACCUGGAUAACCUGACUGUCAAGAACAUGGUGUCUUUCCACAACCUUGGAGCUCUGCUGGGCCGCCUGUCUCCACGCUGUUCGGACCCUGUCCCUGCCGUGCGCGCUGCUGCCGUCGAGUGCAUACACACACUCCUUUAUAUACAACUUCGAUAUGAAGGAUUCUCUUUGGAUUAUAAGGAUGAAUCUGUGGACUCUCUGCUGUUGUUAAAGGAUCGGCUGGAGAACCCUGACCACUCAGUUCUGUACAAGACCUGCUCAGACCUUACCAAGGUGAUGAGUAAGCGUCUGCCUCAGCAGCAGCUGACGACAUUGGUGUUCAUGCUGUUUGAAGGGCUCGUCGACAGCCAGACAAACUGCUGCCGAGCUUCAACUGUCAUUCUGAAUACUCUGCUCAAGAACAGAGGAGGCGGACUACAAGAUAUGGUCCCAGAGAUGCUGGAGGUGCUGCAUGUGCGUCUGCAGAGCGUCACAGAGGACCAGGUGAGAGUGGCAGUGGGACAAACAGUACUUAUCCUGGCUUCUCAGCAUCUACAGACUGUUAUCAAUACACUAGUCAACCAACCACUUCCUUAUGACAACUGGAUCAGUGAGAUGUGGAUGGCUUUGGGAGCAGACCCCAUUGUAGCUAAUCAGAUCAUGGAGAUGGUGAUGGAGAAACUUAGCAUCAUGGCACCCUACAUAGACAAGAAGGAGUCAUUGAUGAGAGGAGGAACAACAAAGGUGGCUACUAAUCAGCCACUGGCUAUGACAUGCGGUCUCAAGGAGCUGUUAUUAAACGGUCAGAGUCAGGAGCCAGCGGUCAGUCUGUUCCCUCGGCUAUUCUCCUGCCUCACUGUGCGACUGGGAGCGAGCGUCGGAGUCUCAGCACCAAAGGACAGCAACUCAAAACACACUGCCUCCAUCCACGUCGCAGGGGUAGCAGCUGAAGCGCUGAGAAUUUUGUUAGCACGAGCCCAGUUAGAUGAGGUGAUGAAAAAACUGGAUGAGGAUAACGCCUGGGAUGCAGUGAAGGAAGCCAGUACACAUGUUAAAGGAGUGACACUGCUAGCAAGGGCGAUGGCUAAGCAUGCUGGUCCCAGAUUGCCUGCAAUCGUGGAGUGUCUGUGUCCAUUACUGAACAAUAUCUAUGAAUGCCAGCGAAUCACUGUCACUGCUUUCUUUUCUGAGCUGUUGAACCAUCAUGUGGUGACAGAGCUGAUGUUAGUAGAUGUGUUAAUGAACAACAUGAUGGAGAGGAUAUCAGAUCCAUGCUGCACGGUCCGCAUGUUGUCUGUGCGAGGGCUGGGGAACAUAGCCGUGGGCUCACCUGAAAAGGUGAAUAAAUAUGCCAAGGAGCUGCUGGCAGCCAUGAGUUCAGGAAUGGAGGAGAAGGAUGAUCCAGGUAAACUGAUCACACUUGAGGCCAUGUCAGGCUUGUCUAAAGUUCUUGUCCACCUUGACAAGAAAAACGUUCACCUACUCGCGGUCUACAUCUUCAUGAAGAUUAAACCUUUCUUGGAAAGUGAGAACGAUGACAUCCGCUGUACUUCCAUCCAUCUCAUGGGUAACCUGUCCACGUUUGGCUCAGGAGAGCAAGUGUUCAAAGACCAGAUCCACAAUGUUCUGGUCAGCCUGCUGUUACACCUGGUUGAUCCAAACCCGGAGGUGGUUAAGGCGUGUAAGUAUGCGAUGCGAGUGUGUGCUCCUGUAGUGGGAUCAGAACAGAUCACAGCCAUGUUUCAGAACCACCUACAUGAAGAUAAGAGCUUGCACUACGGAGAAUUCAUCAACGACCUCACAAAAUACCUGAUUCAGGACUUUCCUGGCAUGCUGAACUUCUACCACAUUUCAGUCAUCCAAUUCUUCAAGAGUAACUGGCCUGAGGUCAGAGCAGGAGCUGCCAUGUUUAUAGGGUUCAUGCUGGGAAAUCUUCAAGAGGAGCAUCACUCCCACCUCAACAUGGGCACCAUCACUAAAGGUUUGGUGAUGCUGCUUCAAGAUCCAGAUCCUGUUGUGAGAGUGAAGGCUGCUGAAGCCAUGGGACACUUCCACUGACACACACACAUACAAAUACUAGUAAUUCCUUUACACAUCAGUGGUCGAUCAAUAUAGAUAGUAAUUUAAUUGUUUUUUAAAUAUUCAGCACUCUGUGUUCCAGUGUGCAGUCAUUCUCAAAUUAUCCAAAUAAACUAACUGCAGACUUUCAAUAAGACCAGAACAGGGACCAAAGAGGAAGAAGUGAGGAGUACGAAACCAAACGGUCACAUGAUCAUGCCAAUGAAAACUAAAAACACUGUCACACACACAUGCAGAUGCAUUUAGCUCUAGUCUUAAUUUAGCCCCUCUCACCUUUUACUCUGGUACUUGAAGGAAGAGUUGAUUCUUAACGGUAUUUUAGUGACCCAGGACUGUGCUGCUCUUUACAGAUAGACCUCAUCUGUAGCAUCCUGUCAGUGUGACAGCGACAACGAGAUACACUGUGUUCUCUCGAUCAAUAUAUUAUACGUGAAGUUUCUAAUGCGAACAUGAAAAUACAUUUAAACUUGAGUAAAACUUUUUUAGAAUAAAUAUAGUUUCUUUGAAUACAGAUAUAUAUAUAUAUAUAUAUGAGCAAGUGAAAGUUGCACAUUUGAAGUACAUGACUAGUUCACGUGAGCGUGGUUGGUAGCUUGUGUGUGUGUGUGUGUGUGUGUGUGGGGGGGGUCAUGGCAGCAUUUUGUGACCAUGUCAGUGAAUGUGGAGUUUAGUUCCAGAAAGUCUCCGUUACAGGUAGUUGCAGUUUAGUGAGCUUGGUUUUGGUGUACUAAAGACCCCACCCUCCCCCUCACCUUUUGAAUCUUUAGCCACUGCUGAGCUGUUUCCCUGCCCUCAGUGAAGACCCUGUGAAACGUGCUUAGAUCGAUUAGAUUUGUGGUUCCACGUGGAUGUCUUAAAGUGAAGCAUAAAAUAAAAAUAAAUGCACGAGAGCUGGAGCAGAUCAGAUUUGAAGGGUUGACAGUGUGUCUGGAGGAUGUGAGUAAUUAAUCCAUAUCAUUUAGCCACUAAAUCAGCCACCAGUAACCAGCCAGUAGCUGUUAGUGUUUCUAUAACCAGCAGGACUCAAGCUCAGUAAUGGGAACUGGGUAAGAGUUUGCCUAUUGACUAAUGCCAGGCUCACUAUCACUGUUUAAUGAUGCUGUUUAUAAAUCACUACCAUCUCUACAGCUGUAACAGUCAUGUCUUCAGCCGAGGCUUUUAAAACUGCUUUGAUUGUCUUGUUUUAUCAGCAUAUGGUUAAUUUUGUUUUUUAAUUUCACGUGAACUUCACAUUAAUCUCACGCGUACACGUUAAUCGCCUGGAAAAAAAAAUCUUUGCCAAACCUCCUGUGUUAACCCUCAUAAACACACCAGCCAAAAUCCUAUCAAUCCAUAACGCUGAGGUGUCACAUUAUUUAGAAAACGAACUCUAUUCCAAUUAAUAAUUGUCAAAAAGACAAUUGUAGCCAAUAAAAGGUUACUAACCUAGUGUUGCUUUGUCAAACAGUCCAGUUAAACGUGAUGAAACCAAUGCCAAAUAUCUACAGCCUCAUUAUAUUGUAGCAAUGCCGUUAAUGAUUUUCCUUUAUUCUAGCUUCGAAAGCACUUGAUCCUUGUUUAGUUUUACAGUUGUUGCCUCUAUUUGUGUGCUUUUAGGUACUGAUGUGGGUGUGCGUGUAAAUAUGUGUGUGAGCAGUGUCUUAUACGAGAAUGACUUGAACACAGGACCUUAGUAUUUAUGUCUCCAAUCAAUGUGCUCAAAGACAAGUAGAAAAUAAUAUGUUGUGCAUCCACAUUCAAAUCCAUUUUGGGGCAGAAACUUCCAGAAACUCUGAUUAAGGUGAUAGCGAUGCAUCGUUUGUUGUAAAGUUUACCUCUGAUAUUUCCGUUGCACUUUUAAGCCCUGCUGUGCGGUUCCUGUUUGGGGAACUGGCCGGCAAACCUCUGCUAAUUUUCUUCCAAAGUUCAGCAUCACAAGUCUUCUUUAUUUUUCCCUGUUUACUUUUGCACUUGAACAAUUGAGACACAUUUGUCUCUUAAUACUCACAUUCACACUAUAAAUGUAUUAAUCGCAUACAUAAGCUGCUCCUGGAUCUGUUUUUGCUAGCCCUACAAACAGGGACUCGUGGCCUCCUGCACUUUCUAACACUAUGGCUCGGUUUAGGGUAGUUGGUAUUGUUCUGUUGUUGUAAACUUUGUACAACUGAUAUUGAUUGUUUCAUGUCUUCCUGGUUUUUAACAUGUUCUGAAUGUCAGAUGGUGAUUAUUUCAAAUGUGUCUGCGUGUUGGAGCGUGAAUGUGUGCAUGUCUGUUUUCAAUAGAGUGUGUGAGGACGAUGGUAAUCAGUGCAUCUAAAACGAAUAAAUAAACAGACCCAUUAUAACAUAA